UUAUUUUAAAAAAUUUUUUUUAAACACACCCAGCAAAACCUUGUCAAAUUCCUUUAGAAAUUGUGUUGAAGAUAUCAUAAAUUGACAGAUUCUUAGACAAAACUUUAUUUAUCCCCGAAGGGCGAAGAGCGGUACAUUAAAAGAGCAAGAAAAUAAAAUCACAAAAAGAAUAAAAUCACAAAAAUGGGUGGGAAAAAAAAAGGCGUAUUAUGUACAAUAUACAAUGGCAGGCCUGUUGCCAGUAACAAAGUAAAAGAAAAAAUAAAUUAAUGAAUUUAAAAAAAGGCAGCAGAUAAAGUAUGACAAAUAAAUAAAAUGACGCGUGGAUAAAAUUAAAAUGACAAUAUGAUUAGAGUGACAUUGUAGUUAAAGUGACAAAGUGAUAUUGUAAUAUUGCACAUUAGGACAUGUGAUAUUGCACGAGAGUAUUGUACAGAAGACUUAAGUUAUUGUAACUGUCUUAGACUUCUUAGAGUUCAGGAGGAGAAUAACACUUGGAACAAAGGUUGCUCUCCUCCUCUGGGUCUUACAGGCCGGACAGUGGAACCUGCGACCAGAUGGCAGCUGCUCAAAUGCCGGGAACAAAGCAUGAGUCGAAUCCUUAAGAAUUCGACGAGCCAGGUCGCUAGCCUGCUGCUCGUACACAGUAUUCAAGUGGCGAGCAGGAAGUCCAAUAAUCUUAGAACACACCUUGACAAUAUUAUGCAGGCGGUUCCUAUCCUGUACAGUAAUGGAGUAAUACCAGCAGCAUAUAGAAAAAGCUAAAACACUUUCAAUGAAUGUAUAAUAGAAUGUCAACAAGAUGUUCUGACUGACAGAAAAAGAGUUCAGUUUCCUUAGUAGGUACAUCCUCUGGUGGCACUUCCUCAGGAUCCCUUCUGUGUUGGAAGAGAACCUCAGUUGGCAGUCCAGAAUGGUUCCCAGGUAUUUAUAUUCCUCAACUGUCUCGACCGGAAAACCAUGGACCAUAGUGGUGACAGCCACCGCUAGUUCCCUUUGGCUGCUGGAGAAGGUCACCACCAUCUCCUUAGUUUUACUAACAUUCAACUCCAGGCAGGAAGAGUCACACCACUCUAUGAACUGCUGAAGAGCGGGUUCAGAGAUUCAGCCUUUAAAGGCAUUUGAAUAUUACUCCGCCUGUACACUAUUCAUUUAAAUCACAUGAUGUCAAACUAUCGUGAAGGAACAAUAUCAUAACUGUUUUAAACAUGAAUUUUCUGAGAGGUUGAGAUUUAUUUAUGCACAGUAAUAUUUUCUUGUGAUUGAUGAUUUGAUUGAGCCAACUUAUGCAUACAUGAGCACUUAGGUUUAGUUGUAAUGAUGGAUAUAUGAUGAUGUAAUUCCAGGAAGCAGCUACAUAUAAUAUCACUAUUAAAUCUAGUGUUUUUGAUGUUAAUGUUAUAAGUAAUUAUGAAUUGCCAGUUUUCCAGUAGGAUAGGAUCAGCUAUUGAUGCAAGUCCAUCAUGUUUUUAUACAGAGGUGAUAGAGCUCGCUGGGAAUAAGGAGAGUGGAAACGCCAUCUCUUUAAACUUUGAUCUAUUGUCAUACUUGUGGUGGUCAAUAAUGAAAGGGAUGUGAAAGUUCUGAAUGCUGAAGUGAUUGUUGGUGCACAGUGUGGCAGUGCGGUACUGAGAGGAGCUCAUGUCUUUGCUCCGGGUGUCCUCAGUGCACCAAAGUUUAUGAAGGUGGGUGAUGUCGUGUCAGUGUUCUCGGAUGUAGAGGGCAGGUGCACACGAGGAGCUAAAGACUUCCAGGGGAAGAAGGUCUACCUGGGGAAUGGUGUGUGUGUGAUGAACCGUUGUGAUAUAUUUUGUGCAGAAGGACCAGUGAGAGGUGUGGCCAUUAGGAUGGAGGAUGCUCUUUACCAAAGCCCGUCCUUUGAUGGCGUGCUGCCAAAUGAAAUGUUCCUGCAGAACCUCCCGUCAGUGGUGGUGGGCCAUGUUUUGGGUCCUCGUCCUGGUGAGAGGAUUCUGGACAUGUGUGCAGCUCCUGGAGGAAAGACGACACACAUAGCUGCUCUCAUGGCUAAUCAGGGAGUGGUAGUAGCUCUGGACAAGAUCAAAUCCAAAGUGGAGAAGAUCAGUGAGAACGCUGACGCUCUGCGGCUGCACUGCAUUAAAGCGCACUGUUACAACAGCAUACAGGCCGUCUGCUCUGAUCUUACCCAUGACUCUCGUACAGCAGACACUCCUCCGUUCCCAGAAGAGAGUUUUGAUCGGAUAUUAUUAGAUGCCCCAUGCAGCGGGCUGGGACAGAGACCCAACAUGGCCUUCAACUACAGUGUAAAGGAAGUGUGCUCAUACCAGCCUUUACAGAGAAAACUCUUCCGAACGGCUGUGCAACUCUUGAAAAAGGGAGGUGUGUUGGUGUAUAGUACUUGCACUGUAACACUUUCUGAGAAUGAAGAGCAGGUGGCCUGGGCAUUGAAAACAUUCCCAUGUUUAACUCUGGAGCCACAGGAGCCACACCUUGGAUCACAAGGCAUGCCUGGAGCUGAAUUAUCAUGUGACCAGCGGAGGCUGCUGCAGAGGUUCCGCCCAGAAUUAUCAUGGCACGGGGCUCCUGACAGUCAAACCUCUGAGGACCUGCUGCUAAAAGCCAACACGGACACUAUCGGGUUCUUCAUAGCAAAAUUCAGCAAGAGAUAACGUGUUCUGCUGAAAGCAGCUCAAGGAGGCAAAUAGAGGAGCCUCAACGAGUGUCAGAGGAGGGAGUGGGUGAAGUGAUGGCAUGAAUGGAGGGGAGAGAAGGGGUGGUGCCAUGCAUAGUUCUGCUUCCAUUGCUAUGACGACAGUGACGCAAUGGCUGCUAUGGUGAUGGUUGGGUUUUGCGUGACCAUUGGACUGUGACCAGGAAGCAGCAUGCAGCCAGAGGACACAAUGGUAUUGACAGUUUCUGUCUCUCUCUCACACACACACUCACUCACUCUCUCUCUCUCUCUCUCUCUCUCUCUCUCUCUCUCACACACACACGCACACGCACAGCAACCGACCAGCAGCUAAGUUUGUUCAUCAACAGAUGUGAGCACUGUACAGGUUUUUUUUUUUUUAAUGGAGUCAGGGAGCAGUAGUUUUUAUCAACAUGAUAAAAGACUAUUAAGAAGGCGGCCACAUGGAAAUAAACAUGCUUUCCUAUUUAAUAUUAAAGGGUUAGUGAGCAUAUUUUGUGAAUGAACACACAAAUGUUCUGAAACAUACAUUUUAGACAUGGUUCUUUUUGAUAAUGACACAUGCAGAUAUGACCCUAGACUAGUGAUUAAGUGCUCAAUGAAGAAAUUAGAUUGAACUGAUCCCUUGUGUAAAGAAUCGUACACCCAGAGGAUGGCUCAUUUGGAUCCAUCACUCUCUCUAGCUGAUGUAUCGUUAUGACUCAUUGUCUAAUGUUAGGAUGCCUGUUUAAGUAGGCGAAUCCAGAUUUAGAAGAAAGUUCAUUGUAAGGAGUUGCACAGGACUUGAUAGUUAAUAGAGCAGCAGUGUUUUAAAACAGUCUGCGAGUGUGAAUGUGGGGGAGUCUGGAAGCAUUUCUGCACCCAAAAUUAGCCUUCAGCACCGUCAUCGCUGCCGUUAUGACGACUUAAAGUGGCUGCCGUCCCACCUGGGACAUUCACAGAUUUUUCAGCACAUUCUAUUUAUAGUGACCAGUGAAAUCUUAACCAUUUCCUCAUUCCUCCUCUCAGGCACACACAAUUUUUGGAUGAAUGUUCAUAGAAGGUAAUCACUAUAUGCAGUACAGGCAAUAGGUAACAUGUCAUGGACUAAAAACGUACAACAUAUUUCACCCAUGCAGAUCUUGAAAUAAAUGAAGAGGGAAAUUAAGGAGGAGAAUUAUGUUGGUUAUUUUAGGAGCACAGAUGAGAUGGGGUUGAGAGCAUUGAUUGUGUGUGCAUGUCUGCAGUAAUGGCAGGGACAAAUGCUACAGUUGUGGUCAGAAGUUUACAUACAGUAGCAUGAAUGUCAUCUUGGAUAUGAAUGU